AUGCUCGGCCCCAUCGCGCGCGCGUUCCUCCCCCUUCUCGCCGCGGUCACCGCGUUCGGUGACUACGCCUCCGCGCGCAUGCUCACCCACGCGGAGAUCCAGGCGAAACAGGCCGCCGCAGCGUCCCGCAUCCGCGCGAGCAUGUCCGCCUCGAAGGGCUCAAAGAGCAGCGGAGUGAAGAACAUCACGUUCUCGAACCCCCGCGCCUCCGAGUUCUACGUCGACGGAACGACCAUCCCGGACGUCGACUGGGACAUCGGGCCCAGCUGGUCCGGCCUGCUCCCUAUCAGUGCCGAUCCCAACGAGACCCGCAAGCUCUUCUUCUGGUUCUUCCCCCCCGGCCCGGAGGGGAGCCUCGACGACCUCAUCUUCUGGACGAACGGUGGGCCCGGCUGCUCUUCCCUCGAGGGCCUCCUGCAGGAGAACGGGCCUUUCCAAUGGUCGUAUGGGCAGGCGCGCCCGACGCAGAACGAAUUCAGCUGGACGAACUUGUCGAGCAUGAUCUACCUCGAGCAGCCCGUCGGAACCGGAUUCUCGCAGGGCAAACCCAACGCAACAAACGAAAAUGACAUCGCAGCACAAAUUGUAGGCUUCUUGCAGCAAUUUUUGGACGUGUUCUCCGAGAUUCAGGGCAAGAAUUUCUACGUAUCUGGCGAGAGUUAUGCGGGGAUGUAUGUGCCCUACUUGGCCAACUUCAUCUACGAGAACCCCGGCGCACUCAACCUUUCGCUCAAUGGGUUCUUCAUCGCUGAUCCUGUGCUGGGGUGGGACGUCGUUCAAGAGCAGAUCCCAGCUGUCAACUUCGUCCACAAGUAUGAGAAUGUCUUCGCCUUCAACCAAUCCUUCAUGGCCGAGCUCGACGCUGUCGCAGAAAAAUGCAAUUACGCCAACUACAUGGCUGAGCAUGUCACGUACCCACCGAAGGGUCUGCUCCCCCUACCCGGGAAGAGCACCGAAAACGACCGGGGCUGCGAUGUCUGGGACAUGAUCUUCGACGCCGCGGUUGAUAUCAACCCCGCGUUCAACAUCUACCGCAUCUUCGACACCUGGCCGAUCUUGUGGGAUGUCUUGGGCUUCCCUGGGUCGUUCAUGCAAAGCCAGUCCCCCAUCUACUUCAACCGCAAAGAGGUCAAGGAGGCGAUCCACGCACCCGUGAACGUCACUUGGGGCGAGUGCUCCAACGUCCGCGUCUUCCCGCACGGAGACGCGUCUCUCCCGCCCGCGUUCACCGUGCUCCCGAACGCGAUCGAGAAGAGCAAGCGGGCGGUCAUCGUCCACGGGCUCGCGGACUUCAUCCUCAUCGCCGAGGGCACGGAGAUCGUCAUCCAGAACAUGACCUGGAACGGGAUGCAAGGCUUCCAGACCCCGAUCCAGAACGACAGCUUCGUCGUCGACGGGAUGGGCGCGCUCGGCCGGACGCACACCGAGCGCGGGCUGACGCUGUUCGAGGUCGCGCUGAGCGGACACAUGGUCCCGCAGUUCUCCCCCCGGGCCGCAUUCCAGAUCAUGUCCUUCCUCAUGGGCUUCAGGGAGACCCCGUAA